CCGACUAUUGGCGCUACUUUUGCACAUGUCAUAAUCAUAUAUUACACAGUAACCCGCAGUCUAUCCAUGCACCAUAAAAUAUUAGGUACCUACAGCAUGACAACAAGACGAUGUAGCGCUAAUCGCGAACUGUCGUCGCGAUCCGGCCUGUUUUGUACGAAAAGUAAUCAAACACAAGUUAUAGGUCGUCGAAGUUCUUUGUUUUGAAAGUUUUAUGAAAAUAAUAUUAUCAAAAGACUGAUUGGUGAUUUAUAAAGAUGAUUCCCUAUGUAUUGAUUUUGGCAACAUUCCUAAGUUUAAGCGAGGUCUGGAAUGUUUUUCUUGUUAAAUUUAUAUUAUCCUGGUGUUUUAAUCUCUCGGAUGAGGAUCACGCUACUAGAGCAGAAAUGUUGGAUCUUAAAACCCAAAUGAAUAGUAUAUCAAUGGUAGAUGAAUUUGCCAAGUAUGCUAGAUUGCAGAGAAAAUAUAAUAAGUUGAAUGAUCAGCUCAAAGAUAAAUUGAAUGAUAACACUCAACAAAGGCUAAAAGUAAGGUUUUUUCUCAUCUGUGGUCUUAAGACAUUUACUAUACUAGUCUCAGCAAUUUUGGUGUUUAUAUAUCGAUACGAACCAGUCAUACGGUAUUCAGAAGGCCUCUUUUUCCCCUUUGAAUCAAUUCUCAGUUGGCCUACAGGACAAGAAAACUGCAUUUCUUUACCUAUGUGGAUGUUUGUAGUAAGAACUAGUGUAUCAAAGUUUGGAGCAAAAGUGUCUUAAUUAACUUCAAUAUGUUUUAUUUGUUGUAAAUAAAUGUACAAACGAAAUUUUCAUUUAAAAAUAUAAAAAAAAAAAAAUUACUAUUAUCAUUACAAGCU